UUUGGAUUUAUAACAAAAAACGUCCGAUCUUAUUUCAGUUUUUUUUUCUUAGUGUCUAAGCCCGGUAACCUUGGUGUAGGAACGCGAGUUUUUUCUUAAAUUAGUGUUUAAUCUAUUCAGCCACGAUGUUGAAAAGUGCUUCGAAGGUGACAAUAAACACUGGAAAUGUGUUGAACUUAAUUGAUAUCAAGAAAAAGGCUGGGCAGAAUGUUACAGAGGAGCUAUCAGAGAGCAUCAAGCUAACCCUCUCAGAAUGGGGCUCCCAAAACGGCGUGAAGCUCCAAAACGGCACCGCAGACCCGGACGCCACGCAAGACUCCGACUACGAGGUCCAAUCCUCCGUAGUCACCGGCACCAGCUCCGAAGUCGUAGUCAAUAUCACGAGGCCACACGACGAUGUGCAGAUAAAGAUGGCAGAGGAGGAACGGAAGAAUCUGAAGAUUGGUGUGAAGAUAUUUAUUAAUGAAGAUAGUACGGCAGCGCUCGGUGAAUGUUUGGAGAGUGUGUUCACGGCGCUACACACAACAGUGAUAGACAACGUGAUACUAGCAUAUAACCCGGAGGUCCCUCCCAAAGAACAGACGGAGCCCAGGACAGCAUAUUCCAAUAAGGCAUCGCCUAUAUCGCUGAGCAAUAAUGUUGGAGCCAAAAACCCAGAGGCGGAUGCAGAUAACGAAGCCGACGCGCGCAAGUGUGAAGCCAUACUGCCCGGGAUCAAGGUGUUGUGGGCUGUGUUAGAGGACUAUGUCAAAAACGGUCGAGUGAGCCAGCUAGGCGUAGCAGAUGUGGGUGGCGGAUGCCUGUACAAACUCCACGCGUGGGCCAAAGUUAAGCCGACCAUCGCCCAAAUAAACCUGGCCUCUUGCUGCGUCGUGCCGCCUUCCCUGCACGCCUUCUGCCGCGCCAACGACGUGCAGCUGCUGACACAUGCUGACCCCCCAGAUCUACUCUCCCUGGCUGCCGUAAAGACCCUGUCAGAUGCCGGUGUGGGCUGCGACAACCUGGACUGGUGCGCGCGCUACCAAGUGCACAUCAAGUGUCGCGGCGUACUCGCCUUGAAGGGGUACGUGUGUAAGGCCACGCUCGGCAAUAAGGUUAAAUAGGUUUAUUUUGUGUGA